AUGAUUUCUUCCUUUUUGAAGAAUCUACUCCAGGUCUACCUUUUAAAGUUUUACAAAGGAAUGUUUACUAAGAAACCAGCAAAUACGACAAGGAAAAAAGAGAGUAAUCUAGAUAAGAAAGUACAAAAACACCUGCAAUCUAAUUCGGCACGAAAUCAAAAGUUCUCAACAAAUCUGAAAACCACUGUCAAAAGAAUAGCUAAGUGUCAAUCUGCCCAUAACUUAUCUGUUGAAGACAAGGAAAGAAAAACAGAAUAUUCACUUUCUCCUACGUUGAGUUACAGAGUGGCUAUAGCGAACGGGCUGAAAAAAGAUAUUAGCUCAUCAAAUAAUGACAACUUGUGUCCAGAGUUGUGGUCUGUUGAUAGUGGUACCUCUGAAUUAUUGAACGAAGUAAGUGUUUCACAGAAAAUAAAAGAUCAUAAGUCGCACACGAUGCCAGUAAGGAGAAAUAGGAAAAGUGUCAGCAGUUUGGCUGCAUCUGAUGGAAGCUCAGAUGCAGAUCGUACGUUACUAAGACUUGGUGCGUUGCGUAAGCUUCGCAAGUGGAAGAAAAGUCAGGAGUGUAUUUCCUCAGAUACAGAAAUGAGCACGUGGAAGAAAUCUCUUGGCUUUCGAAGCAAAUCCCUGGACAGAACAGGACGUCUGCAGCAAAAGAGUGGACUAGAACCCGCGUUCAGUUCGACUGGUUGCAUUAGUCAAACUCAUGAUGUCAUGGAAAUGAUCUUUAAGGAGCUUCAGGGGAUCAGUCAAAUAGAAACUGAGUUAUGUGAGCUACGCGGACAUGUAAAUGCCCUGAAAGAGUCCAUUGAUGAAAUUUCCAGUAGCGUGGAAGUGGUGCAAACAGAAAUUGAACAAUUGCGCUCUGGGUUUGUGCAGUCCAGAAGAGAAACCAGAGAUAUUCAUGAUUAUAUAAGACAAAUUAACUAUCAAGGAAACAAUGUAAGCCUACGAUUUAUUAACGUACCUGAAGAAUUGCAUGAAAACACAGAAAACACAAUUUAUGAAAUUAUAGAAGAGAAGCUAGGGCUUACAGAUGCACGAAAAACUGUUCAGAUUGAACUUGUGCACAGAUUAGGGCAACAAAGAGACUGUGCCAAUGCCAAGCCUCGCCCCAUUCUUGUAUAUUUUGACAGUCCCCAAAACAGAGACUUAAUUCUUAAAAAAUGUUAUAAGUUGAAAGGUUCAGGCAUUGGGAUUUCUACAGAGAUUUUUUAUGAUCUGAAGGACAGAAAAGAAUUUUCACUUCCAUCAAAAUCCCAGACGUACGAAAGUAUGAAUAUGAAGUUAGCAACCACAGAGGAGGAGCCCAGAGGUGAUGGGUUGACAUCACCUGAAUUGAGUGACAAAGAUCAGGAGGAGGACCAUAAUAGUCACAGUUUUGAAUUGAGUUCCAAAGCAGUUUUUGAGAAAGUGUCCAUUGCUUCAAAAUUAGGUGCAGAAUGUCACAACAUUGUUAGCAUUGACAGAACUGUAGUUUGCAGCUCAUAUUCAGACUCCACGCAGUUGUGUACUGAUGACAGCCUUCACUCAUCUCCAUUCGAAGAGACCCAGAAACAGCUAGAACCUUACUACAAUGAAAUGACCCCCUCAUGGCUCCAAACCGAUUACUCUACAACCAAACUGAGCCGAUCAGAAUCUGAUUUUUCUAAACUCUGCCAGUCAAUAUCUUACUGUGAAGAUUUUACAGACAAUCAGUACUUUAUCAGAGCUGAUGGUGCCUCAGUUGUGUCAUCUUCAGAAAAAGACAUUUGGUUAAGAGAUAAGGAAGAGUCAGCAGCUACCUGGGCUAACAAUGUAAGUAAUCAGCAGUAUGACUAUGAAGAUCAACAUCAUAUGGAACAAAAUGAAGUAGAGAACACAGAGACCGCUGAUAGUGGCAUGAGCAAUGGAAUACUGUGUGUUUCUGGUGAUAGAAGUCAUUACAGUGACUCACAGCUGUCCUUGCAAGGUGACCUUUCACCAUGGAAAGAAUGGCAACAUUUAGAACAAGGCACAGACUCUGGUCUAGACACCUCACAGCAUGUCUUUACAUCUGAAUUAAAUAGCCCAUCGGAGCAAAAUAUCUUAGACUAUACUACAGACUUUGAUGCAAAUUACCAGGCUGUUGGCCAAGGAUACGAAGAAGAAACAUAUGAAACAACUCUUGACAUGUCAGAAUGUUCUGGUUUUGAUAGAGAACCUCAAAAUCCGUGGGAAAGCACAUAUGACCCCUAUCACGAUUCAUAUUCUAGUGAUAAUUAUCAGUAUCAAAAUAGAUAUUCGCUAAGAUGUCGUAGUCAGAGUGAACUUCCUAGUGACACUGAAUCAAUGGAGGUGCCAGCUAAAUCCUGGCAUAGCCGCCUGAGUAUUGACCUCUCGGAUACAGGAUUCAGCUUCCAAAAAUUUGGAUCAUCACUUCAACGUGCUAAGUCUGCCUUAGAGGUUGUUUGGAAUAAAAUGGACUCUAGAAGUACCCAAAGUCUGAGUGAAGAUGGGAAAAGAGGUAAUUUUUUGGGACGGUUCAGGACUUUGUCUCAAUCCACAGCAGGUGAAUCAUGUGCUACCCUUGAUUCAGACUUGUACUGUGAACCCUAUUAUUACAGAGCUGAGGAAGAUGAGAACAGUGAGCAAGCAGGGGAAAACGAAAUGGAUUAUGUUGAGGUGAUGGAGGAAGUGCUUGCAAAACUGGAAAAUAAAACAUUUCCCAAAUCAAGUGAUGAGCAGAUGUUAUCACCUGAGCCUCUGGAAGAACUUAUGGCCCCAGAUUUACAAGGAGACAAUUAUGAGGUCCCUUAUGAGACCAGCAAUGAUGAAGAGAUAGAGCCCCCGGCUGUCAUCUCAGCAGAACCCAAACGGCAUGAACGUCAGGGUGUAUCAGAAGAAUCUAAAAAUCAAACCAUCCCGGAGGAAUGUCCUGAAGUUCCAAAGAAGGUCAAAAUAAGACCCACAUUCAAACAAGCUGCUUGCAAAGCAUAUAGACAACAAGUAGCAGAAAUGGAAGAGAGGAUUCUUUCUGCAGAUAACAGUUCUGUGGAUCAACAGGUUCAGCUAUCAAGUGGUAAUGUAUUCGAUGCAUCUAGCCUUUCAAGCUUCAAGACCCCCGGAGGGCCUGGAAGCGAGCUUUAUGGCAUUGACAGUAUGCCAGAUCUGCGUCGAAAGAAGACAAUGCCUAUCGUUCGGGAUUUGGUGAGUUAUACUCUAGCUGCUCGAAAAGCAGGUAUAUCUUUAACCAUGGUCAACAGAACUUCAAUAAAUAAUGAAGACUUGAAAGCACACGUUUACAAGAAGACAUUGCAGGCCUUAAUCUAUCCAAUAUCAUCCACCACUCCACAUAACUUUGAGGUUUGGACUGCGACAACCCCCACCUACUGCUAUGAAUGUGAAGGGCUGCUCUGGGGUAUAGCCAGGCAAGGCAUGCGUUGUACAGAGUGUGGUGUCAAAUGCCAUGAAAAAUGUCAGGACCUUCUAAAUGCUGAUUGUUUGCAACGAGCUGCUGAGAAAAGUUCAAAACAUGGUGCAGAGGACAAAACACAAAACAUCAUUGCAGCCAUGAAGGAAAGGAUGAAAAUCAGAGAGAAAAACAAGCCAGAGAUCUUUGAGCUGAUCCGUGAGCAAUUUGUAGUAUCUAAAGAGGACUAUGCACAACAUUUGAAAGCAGCAAAGCAGAGUGUAUUGGAUGGAACUUCUAAAUGGUCAGCGAAGAUAAACAUAACAGUGCUUUGUGCUCAGGGUUUACAAGCGAAGGACAAGACAGGAUCAAGUGAUCCGUAUGUCACAGUGCAAGUGGGGAAAACCAAGAGGAGAACAAAAACCAUUUUUGGCAAUCUCAAUCCAAUCUGGGAUGAAAAGUUUCACUUUGAAUGCCACAAUUCCACUGAUAGAAUAAAAGUUAGAGUUUGGGAUGAAGAUGACGAUAUUAAGUCUCGGGUUAAGCAGCAUUUCAAGAAAGAAUCAGAUGAUUUCCUCGGACAAACAAUUAUUGAAGUACGAACACUGAGCGGUGAGAUGGAUGUCUGGUACAACUUAGAGAAGCGAACUGACAAAUCAGCAGUUUCUGGUGCCAUUAGAAUGAAAAUCAGUGUUGAAAUUAAAGGCGAGGAGAAAGUGGCCCCAUAUCAUGUGCAGUACACGUGUUUACAUGAGAGCCUAUUCACUUACUUAACUGAAACAAAAUAUAACGGUAUUGUGAAAAUCCCACAAGUGAAAGGUGAUGAAGCAUGGAAGGUGUACUUUGAAGACUUCGGUCAAGAGAUUGUGGAUGAAUUUGCAAUGCGCUAUGGAGUUGAGUCAAUUUACCAGGCCAUGACGCAUUUCUCCUGUCUGUCGUCCAAAUACAUGUGCCCAGGCGUUCCUGCUGUAAUGAGCACUUUGUUGGCCAAUAUUAAUGCAUAUUUUGCACAUACUACAGCUUCAACAAACGUUUCAGCCUCAGAUCGAUUUGCUGCUUCAAACUUUGGAAGAGAGAAAUUUAUAAAGCUGCUGGAUCAGUUGCACAACUCACUGAGGAUUGACCUUUCUAAAUAUAGGGAUAAUUUCCCAGCCAGCAAUCCAGAAAGAUUGCAAGACCUGAAAUCAACUGUGGACCUUUUGACCAGCAUUACAUUUUUCCGUAUGAAGGUUCAAGAAUUACAGAGCCCCCCAAGAGCGAGUUCUGUGGUGAGAGACUGUGUCAAAGCUUGCUUAGACUCAACCUACAAAUAUAUUUUUGACAACUGCCAUGAUCUGUACAACCAGCUGGUGGAUCAGAGUAAAAAGCAAGAAAUUCCACGUGACGACCAGGGACCAACCAUCAAAAACUUAGAUUUCUGGCCUAAACUGAUUACACUGAUGGUGUCGUGCAUAGACGAGGAUAAGACAGCCUAUACCCCUGUCCUAAACCAGUUCCCUCAAGAACUUAACAUGGGAAAAGUAAGUGCUGAGGUUAUGUGGCAGCUAUUUGCUCAGGACAUGAAGUAUGCUCUUGAAGAGCAUGAAAAACAUCGACUUUGCAAGAGUGCUGAUUAUAUGAAUUUGCACUUUAAAGUAAAAUGGUUUUAUAAUGAAUAUGUGCGAGAUCUGCCAGCUUUCAAAGAUGCAGUCGCAGAAUAUUCUUUGUGGUUUGAGCCUUUUGCCAUUGAUUGGCUGGAUGAAAAUGAAGUUGUAUCAAUGGACUUUCUUCAUGGAGCACUUGAGAGAGAUAAGAAAGAUGGGUUCCAGCAAACUUCAGAACAUGCUCUGUUCUCUUGCUCCGUCGUGGAUGUCUUCACUCAACUGAAUCAAAGUUUUGAGAUUAUCAAAAAGCUUGAAUGUCCUAAUCCGGAGGCACUGGCACAUUUCAUGAGAAGAUUUGCUAAGACCAUAUGCAAAGUUCUCCUCCAAUAUGCUGCUAUUAUCUCAAAAGAUUUCCACCUCUACUGUUCCAAGGAAAAAGUGCCUUGCAUCCUGAUGAAUAACAUCCAACAGUUGAGAGUCCAGCUGGAGAAAAUGUUUGAGUCAAUGGGUGGUAAAGAGCUUGAUGCGGAAGCCAGUGGUGUCCUGAAAGAAUUACAAGUCAAGCUUAACGGUGUCUUGGAUGAACUGAGUUAUAGUUUUGGCACAAGCUUCCAGUCUGUGAUUGAAGACUGUGUGAAGCAGAUGAACAUCGAGUUAUAUCAAAUGCGGGGAAAUGGGAAUGUGUCUGCAAACAGGAACAGUUCAACCCUGGAUGCAGAAAUGGUCUUGAGGCCACUAAUGGACCUUCUGGAUAAAAACCUCACACUGUUCGCCAAAAUAUGUGAGAAGACUGUCUUGAAGAGGGUUCUGAAAGAACUUUGGAAAUUAGUCUUGAACACCAUUGAGAAAAAGAUUGUUCUGCCUCCAUUAACAGACCAAAGCGGACCACAGAUGAUCUUCAGUGCAGCUAAGGACUUGGGCCAAUUAUCAAAGCUGAAGGAUCAUGUGAUUCGGGAAGAGGUCAAAAGUCUCAGUCCACGUCAGUGUGCUAUAAUGGAAGUAGUGUUGGCUACAAUAAAGCAAUAUUUCCAUGCUGGAGGAAAUGGCCUCAAGAAGACAUUCCUAGAAAAGAGUCCAGACAUGCAGUCCUUGAAAUAUGCACUUAGUCUCUACACCCAAACCACUGAUGCUCUGAUUAAAAAGUUUAUCCACACCCAGAGUUCACAAGUUCAGUGCACAAACGGCUCAUUUGGAGAAGUUUCAGUCCACGUGGAUCUCUUUACGCAUCCUGGGACAGGAGAGCACAAAGUCACAGUGAAAAUUGUUGCUGUCAAUGAACUGAACUGGCAAACCACAGCUAUGUUCCGGCCAUUUGUAGAAAUUCAUGUGGUUGGGCCGAACCUCAGUGACAAGAAAAGAAAAUUUGCCACCAAGACAAAAAAUAAUGCUUGGUCCCCAAAAUACAACGAGACGUUUCACUUUAUCCUGAGCAAUGAGAAUGGCCCUGAAUCCUAUGAGCUUCAUAUCUCUGUGAAAGACUACUGUUUUGCCAGAGAAGACCGGAUUAUAGGAAUGACAGUCAUCCAGUUAAAGGACAUAGCUGAGCGAGGAAGCUGUGCAUCUUGGUAUGCACUGAUCAGAAAUGUUUACAUGGAUGAAACUGGACUGACAAUCCUCAGAAUACUCUCACAGAGGACCAAUGAUGAAGUGGCCAAAGAAUUUGUACGCCUCAAAUCAGAUACCAGAUCUACUGAAGAAACCACAUAAAAUGAAGAGAGUGAGAAUGAUAGAGAGAGCGAGCCAGCAAGAAAGCAUAAGUUGAAGUUAUAUUUUGUGCAUGUCUGUUUAAAUGUGUGGGUAUGUUUGUCUGAAUAUGUGCAGGUGUGUGCAGAUAAUUAUAAAGUACUUCAGUCCAUAAUUAUGAUGAUGAAAUGGGGAGUACUGAAAUACAUUAUCUUUGGUGUCUCAGACAGCUAAUUGUUCUGAUAAAGUGCCAAAUCAAGAUUACCUAAGGGAAUUUUUCCCUGGUAUUUUGUGUUUUUUUUUUCAAUUUGCUAAAUAAUUGAAUUCUAGUACUAAAUUGCUAUUCUGUAGUUUUUACACAAGUAUUUGUUGGUCCCUCAUUUGUGGCAGGAGCUGUCUCUUUACCUCUGUGAUGUUGGGCUGUACCUAUCCAGCGCAUGUAAGUGUAAUCCAGCUAAGUAACAUCCUAAAACUUACUCGUAUAUAUUGCAUUUUUGUUCAUUCCUCCAUAAAAAUGAGACACUUAUACAAAGUUAGCUGUUUCUUUUACAUCUGCAUUUCUUAUUUUUCAUCAUUUGUUUAAAAAUACCCAUAUUCCCCGUCCUAAAGGUGCAAGCAAUUAAUAUUAGCUCCAUUGGAUUUUUCUGACAUACCACUGUGAAGAUGAUGCUUAGCUGUCAUUGUAACCACUUUCCUUAAAAAAAAGAACAGCUCACACAAGCAAACUGGCAUUGUUAAUUUUCAAAAGUUGCCAAAGGGAUCUCGGAUCCAUUCAAAGAUUUUUUAUGCCACAUUAAGAGGCCACAUGUUUACAGAGCUACCGGCUGUUUUGGUGAUUUGAAUCGAAGAAAUUACUAUGUUUCUGACAAAUAGUGAAGCUGUUACUAUUUUCAAUGAUGCGCUUGUAUAAUGUUGCUUUAUAAAAUUGUACUAUUGGUUCAGCUGUAACCCCAUUGUUUCAACAUUUUCAACAAUUGGUAAUUAUGCAACAUUCUUAUGUAUUGCACUGAUGUUAAAAUUAAUGUCCUGUAAAUAUAUUUAGUGAAUAAUUGUACAAUAAAGUAUCGGAAAAUUCCA